CUAACAAUUUACCAGGUAUACAGGCUAUAAAAAAAAAAGACACCAGAUAAGAUCCUGAGGACAUCAAGAUCUACAACAUUAUAGAAUUGAGGAUCUGCAUCCAAAAAGUCACCUCAAAGAUACAGUGGGCACUGAAUACGCUAUGGCGCUGCGAGGUUUAUUGAUUCUAGUGGUCUGUGAGAUUGUUACAGUGGUCAACUCAAACAGGGAUGAAGCCCUGAGGAUAAUGAAUAAUGUUCCUGUCAUUGAUGGGCACAAUGAUCUGCCAUGGCAACUACUAAGUAAGUUCAAUAACCAGUUGAAUAAGGUGAAUCUUUAUACUCUAAAUGAUACCCACACCAACAUCCCCAAACUUCAAGAGGGAAAAGUGGGUGGACAGUUCUGGGCAGCAUUCGUCCCAUGUGACACUCAAGGUAAAGAUGCUGUCAAGAGGACCUUGGAACAGAUAGACGUCAUUCAUCAAAUGUGUGCACAUUAUCCAGAUGUUUUCCUGUGUGUUCACAGUACAGAAGGGAUUGCUGAAGCCUUCCGGACUAAAAGAGUGGCAAGUUUGAUUGGUGUGGAGGGUGGACACUCCAUUGACAGCAGCUUGGGUGUACUAAGGACCUUUUACAAUCUAGGAGUACGAUAUAUGACUUUGACACACAGUUGUAACGUCCCAUGGGUGGAUAACUGGCUGGUGGAUACAGGAUCAGAUGCACCUAAGAGCAAUGGCUUGUCUGAAUUUGGAAAGAAUGUCGUCUUAGAAAUGAAUCGCCUUGGAAUGAUCAUAGAUUUAGCACAUGUUUCAGCAAAGACGAUGAAGGAUACACUAGAGGUCUCUCAUGCCCCUGUGAUAUUCAGUCACUCAUCUGCUUACCAGCAAUGUAAACAUGCCAGGAACGUGGACGAUGAUGUUCUCAGAAUUGUGAAAGAAAAGAAAGGUCUGGUGAUGGUGAACUUCUUUAAUGACUAUGUCACUUGCAGCAGAGUUGCCAAUUUGUCUGAUGUGGCAGAUCAUUUUGAUUACAUUAAAAGGAUUGCUGGUUAUGAAUCCGUUGGAUUUGGAGGAGAUUAUGAUGGAGUCCCCAGGGUACCACAGGGUCUGGAAGAUGUAUCCAAGUACCCGGAUCUAGUAUCAGAACUGCUAAGGAGAGGAUGGACACAGACAGAGCUUGAGGCAGCCCUGGCCAAUAACCUCCUUCGGGUCUUUAAAGAAGUGGAGCAGACAAGUAUCAGGAUGAGUUCAGAAAAGCCCAAGGAUGAGCCCAUAGAUUACCAGGAGAUCAAGAGUGACUGUCACACCAGCUAUGGCUAUCCAACAAAUACAGCUGCCCGUGCACAUGUUGGCAAAGGGCUUCUUCUUCUAAUGUGUUUUAUUUGCACCCUGUUCCUUUGAAGUCACCAACUUCAGAAGUCCCUUGAGGUUAAUGGUGCAUUGGUUCUAAGCAACUUAAGAAAAUGUUAGUCACGUACUAAGAAAAGAGAGAUUGCCACACACACAGUCUGAAAUGUGUUACAUGCUAUAACAACAUCCAAGAACAUAUAUGUCGUCAGAAAAAGUUGUGACUGCUCCUUAUUGGGUUAUCAACUCUCAAAAUAGGUAACAAUACUGGUGCACAUUUUUUAAACAUAUUGGAGUUAUACACUGUACCCAAUGAUUCAAAAUAUAUAUAUAUAUAAUUUUAAAUAUAUUAGGACAUAAAAGGGUAAAUGGGCCUGAUAAAGUCUAUGUACUGCAGCUUUUAUUUCUUUUUUGACAGCCACAUUAACUCCAAUGAGGCUGCCACACCUGCCGUACAGUCAGCCCUGCUCUCCAUUAGCUCUUACUGGCAGAGUUGGCUCAUUGGAUAUUGCUGUUAGAUUGGUAACUGGAGCAAUAAAUGUGACCCAAUGCAAUAAAAUCCUUGUGUAGGAUAGUGUUCUGUUCUUGUAAUGUCCCAAGCAGAAUAGUGUAGAAACUCUGCAGCUAUGCAGCAAAACUCAUUGCACUGCAGAUAUAAGUCCUGAAAAUUUACACUAAUAUUAAAAAUGAGAGAUUUGUAAUCCUUACCACAGGUCGAUUUUAUACAGCAUGUGGAUAUUUUUCCAAAACACAUGCUCUUAGCCACUGCCUUAACGGAGUACUUCACCCCUUGACAUCUUAUCCCCAUCCAAAGGCUGUGGUCGCUCAUCACUACCCCUCUUAUAGACAUAAAUGGAGGGGGCAUGGUGUGACAUCAUGAUCACAACCGCUUGAACCCAGCGUUCUGAAAAUGAACUUCCAGCGCAGAAUAAAAUUCCAGAACCUGUUCACAUAUUUUCUUCAGGGUGAACAUACCCUUAUAACGCUGUUUUCUGUAUGUUGAAAUGGAAAAACUCUUCUAAAUAAACAGUUAUAUAAAAAAUAAAAAAAGUGCUUUUAUUCUCUGUUGUCAAGUGUCAAAGUGGUAAUCCCAAGCCUCUGAAAUGCUGAGGGCUUGAAAGCCAUCCUUGGUCCUACCCUCAUCCCUGUACCUACUUCAUUGACAGUCAGCUGGAAGCUCAGCCUGGUUUAAAAUUUCAUUCAUGCGCAUACAAAUUGUGCGCAGAUGUGAUCUUUAGAACAGGGCUCAAGCAGGGACAGGGAUGAAAGGGAGGAAUGAGGAGACGUUCCAGCCUACAGCACUUCAGGGCCUUGAGAAUGCCACUUUGACACAUUGUACCAGAAAAGAAAGGCAUUUUUUACAUUAUGGAUCCACAGACAGAUAUGAUAGGUAUCAUGUGUCUUUGUCCUACCAGCUAGCUAAGGCUAGGUUCCAACUGAGGAAUUUCCAAGCAUAAUUCUGCUUAGAAAUUACAUUUAAUAAUUCUGAUGCAGCAAAAUCCCAUUGUUGUCAUUGUGAUUCCACCAAACAGUGCACCCGUUAGGAUUUCACCAACAGAGCUUCCAACUUUGAAAUUUCACAGCCGAAAGAAGGAGCUGAAGACAUGGGCAAUAAGCAAUAAGGAGAUAAAACAAUGGAUACUGGUCUCUUAGCAAUGGAUACUGGUCGAGCUUCCGCAUGCUCGCUUUCUCUCUCCUCCCUGAUCUGCAUGAUUGAUGUACAGAGUUUGGCUUCCAGCAAGGAGCUCUGUUCAUCAGUCAUGCAGAGCAGGGAGAGGUCAGAGAAUGAGCAGGUGUGUAUGCUGUAGGUCAGCACGGCCUCUACAACUCUUGGAUUUAUAAGAAAAACAUAAUAUUAUAACUUUGCAAACAUAUCUGAACAUAAUAUAGCGCUG